AUGGCUGAACAAAAGCAUAGGGUAGUAGUUAAUUUGUAUGAUUUAUCUGGAGGUAUGGCUAGAGUUUUCUCUCCCAUGUUCCUUUAGAAACAAAUUGAUGGAAUUUGGCACACUGGUUGUGUUGUUUACGGUAAGGAAUUUUAUUUUGGUGGAGGCAUCUGCUCUGGCUUACCAAAAUAGACACCUUACGGAACACCAGUUUAGUAAAUAGAUGUUGGAGAGACUGAAGUUCCUGAAGAAGUCUUUACAGAGUUUUUGAGAGAUAUUUCAGAUAGAUUUACUAUGGAUAAAUAUGACUUAUUUAAAAAUAAUUGCAACAACUUUACUGAUGAAUGUACUCAUUUCCUAACAGGAUAACAUAUUCCUGAGUAUAUAACAGGUUUACCUGAUGAAGUAUUAAAUACUCCUAUGGGUCAAAUGAUAAAACCUCUUGUUGAUCAAAUGCAAUAAUCCGUUGUAAAUGCAAGUGGUUAAUCAGCACUAUUCCCAGCUUAGUUUGAAGGUGUUAAUAAUCCUCAAUAAAUGUUUGGAAAUAAUUAACAAUAAUAAUAAUAAUAGCAAUAGGCACCUAUUUUCCCUAAUGGUAUAAAUAAUACAGAUAUCCUCAAUAAAUUUACUUAGUUGAAUAAUAACUAACCAGUUGAUAUGAAGAAAGUUGAAGAAGCAACUGAUUUAAUGGAUUACUUUACUAAGGUAGAGGGACAAAAAGCAGUGAUUAUCGACUUUAACGCUGAUUGGUGUGGACCUUGUUAAGUAAUCAAGCCAAUAUUUGCUUAAUAUAGUGAAGAAUACCCAAAUAUCAAAUUUAUUUCUGUAAAUACAGAAAAAAACAAGGAGGUUGCCCAAUAAUUUGGCAUUUAAUCUCUCCCCACCUUCAUCACCCUUCAUGAAGGUGAAAUAUCUGCAACUUGGAAAGGAGCUAAUCAAGUAAACUUAAAAAAUAACCUUGAUAAAUUAGCAGAAAAGCUUAAAUGA